GUGGCACCAUGAAUUAAGGAGAAGCCUUAUGGAUCCUCAGUUAUAUAUAUAUAGAUUGAUGAUAUCAAAUCUGGACUAGUUAAGACACAGCAUAAACGCCAGCAAUCACGCAAAACUAACCAAACAAAAAAGAAAAUCCAAUCACCAUGGAAGACAUCGUUCUUUACACAGCCCUUUCGCUCCUCUUUCUUGCUCUAGCUUUCAAACUCUACCAAUCCAGAAGAAGCCACAAAAAUCUGCCUCCAAGUCCACCUUCUCUGCCAAUUCUCGGUCACCUGCACCUCCUAAAGCCCCCUCUACACCGAUUCUACAACAAACUCUCGCAAAAGUACGGCCCGAUUAUCUCCCUCCGCUUCGGAUCUCGCCUUGUGGUUGUGGUGUCCUCACCAUCUGCAGUAGAAGAAUGUUUCACCAAAAACGACAUCGUUUUAGCCAACCGUCCUCGACUUCUUGCAGGCAAACACAUAAGCUACAACUACUCCACCAUCAUCUCCGCUCCUUACGGCGAUCACUGGCGCAAUCUCCGCCGAAUUGGGACGCUCCAGAUAUUCUCAACGCACCGUGUCAAUACAUUUGCAAGCAUCCGAAAAGAUGAGAUCAAGCGAUUACUCGGCAAACUCUCACGAUCCUUUGGGGAAAAGGUGGACUUGAGAUCACAAUUUUCUAAUCUCACUUACAAUAUCAUUAUGAUAGAGGUUGCAGGGAAGCGGUAUUAUGGUGAUGAGGUUGAAAGCGAUGAAGAGUCACGGCGGUUCAGGGAGUUGACUGCGAAGAUGGUCUCGAUCAACGGGGUUUCGAAUAAAGGCGAUUUCUUGCCAAUUUUGAAUUGGAUUGAUGGAGGGAAAUUCGAAAAAAAAGUAAAAGGCAUAGCGGAAAUUAUGGAUUCUUUCUUGCAAGAAUUGGUUGAUGAGCAACGGAGCAAGAGAGAAAAUUCAGAGAGCAUGAAUACCAUGAUUGGGCAUCUUCUUUCUUUACAGGAGGAACAGCCUCAGUACUACACUGAUCAGAUCAUUAAAGGCCUAGUAAUGGUAAUCCUAUUUGCGGGAUCGGAUACAUCAGCAACAACAUUGGAGUGGGCCAUGUCGAACUUGCUCAAUCAUCCCGAAGUAUUAACGAAGGCUAGAGCUGAAUUGGAUGAUCAAGUUGGUGAAGACCGUCUGAUUGAAGAAUCCGAUCUUUCAAAACUACCAUACCUUCAAAAUAUAGUCUCCGAGACCCUUCGAUUAAAUCCAGCGACCCCACUCCUGGUCCCACACUAUUCGUCUACGGAUUGUUCCAUUGGUGGCUACAAUGUGCCGCGCGACACGAUAGUUCUUAUCAAUGCAUGGGCCAUUCAAAGGGACCCAAAGCUCUGGAACGACCCAUUAAGUUUUAAGCCCGAAAGAUAUGAGAGUGGUGAGUCUGAAUCUUACAAGUUCCUACCUUUUGGGCUUGGAAGAAGAGCUUGCCCUGGAGCUAUUAUGGCCCAGCGCGUAGUGGGCCUGACUUUGGGAACAUUGAUUCAGUGCUUUGAGUGGGAGAGGGUAUCAGAAGAAGAAGUUGACAUGACAGAGAUAAUCGCUAGCGUCCUGCACAAAGCUAUACCAUUGGAGGCUUUGUGCAAAGCAAGACCAGUUACGACCAAGCUAUUCCAUGAAGCUGCUUAGCUGGGCGGUCUGUUUGACUGUUUCUGUGCUUUUUAGUUGGAUUGUGUUGGAUCGUAUGAAUGUGUCCUUUUUUUGAGUUAUUUUUAAAAAAAAUAAUUUUGUUAUAUAGAAAUAAGGUUACUACUCUUUUAGUCUCUUGUACUUAUUUAAAAUCAAUGUUAAUUCAAAUAAAAUGUCCACUAUUUCGUGUUUGUGGACACAAGAGACGAUCAA